AACCUCUCCGUGCUCCGGGCGGCAAGGCUGUAAACGACACCAGGGCUAUUAAUUAAUUAAUGGCCUUUAGCCGAGUGGCUGGCUUUCUGCAGCGGCGAGCGUAGUCUCUCUGUGGAGCGUUAGGACAGAGACCAGAGCAGCAUUCAUGUAGGGGAGGUGGUGGAUAUUUCGCACUGAUCGACUAUCAAUCACCUGGACUAUUGUGGUCCUGCGCAGUUUUCCGGGCAGAAGCAGCAGGGGGAGGGAUGAGGCGUGGGAGAAGAAGAGGGAAAAUGGCGAUGGAGGGGCCUAGGCAUCAACCGCCAAGCCUCGUCCCAUUGCUGAUGAGCGUAACGGCGGUGUUGAUCUCACACCACGUCUUCAAUGCGGCUGCCCAGAUACCAGACCCAGAGCUCCUGCCAACAGACCCUCCGAAGAAGCCCGAUCCGGUCACCUCAGAAACAGUGGUGUUUUGGGGUCUUCGAUUAUGGCAGGUUGUUGGAAUUUUCUCCAUGUUCAUCCUAGCAAUUAUAAUAACUCUGUGCUGCAUCUUCAAAUGCCGAAUUCCACGAACGAAAAAAGAGAUCGAGGCCCGACAUGCUCAAAGGCUAGCCGCGAAAACGUACGCCAACACACUGGAGACGGUGCCCCCCCUCAAUGAGCUCACAGACGUGCCGGGAGCGGCGAAGCCUACGGAGAAGGAGGAGGUGCCAACCGUCGCGGGAAAGGUUGACGCAGAAAAGGGAACAAAGAAGAAGGAUAAAGACGGCAAAAAGGAAGGCAAGGGUGCGAAAGAGGGCAAAGAAGGGAAGGGAGAGGAGAAAGAGGAAGCCACGAAGAAGAAGGGGGAAAAGGGAGAGAAAGGGGAAAAGGGAGAGAAAGGAGCAUCAAAGAAAGAGACUUCAGAUGGAGGGAAAGGUAAAAAGGGAGGUGGAGAAGAAAAAGGAGGGAAAGGAGGUGGAGCCAAAGGCAGUGAAGCCAAGAAGCCUGCAAAGAAAUGAACAUCUAGUCACCUUAAUGGUGUGUGCUAAACUUCCAUUAGCCAUUUUAUAAUUGAUUUUUCUAAGAAAAUUUGUAAAUGUACAUUUACAGUUUGUUUAUUUCAUUGUAAAUUGUAAAUAUGGACAAUAAAUGAUUCUCUGU